AGUCACUGUCCAAGUCCCAGUUCCCAGUCUUCACGCUCUACGCUCAGAAGAUUUGUCUGCCCAAAUCCCGGCCACCAUGCAAGUCCCCAUGGGCCUACGAGACCGUCCCGGAGUUCACCAUCGAGAAGAGUAUGGUGACCGAGACCGUCCCGGCCCCGAGCAGGAGUGAAUGCGCUACGCUGUGCCUGCUGCACGAAAGGUUCACUUGCAGGUCUGCCGCUUUCAACAGAGAUUCCAAGACGUGCUCCUUGUCCCAAAUAGACAGAAAUAUGGCCGGCCGGAAAAAGCUUGUGGCUAUCGAUGCAAAAUACGAUUACAUUGAACUCUCAUGCGGGCUGAAACCUGACCGAAUGUGCGAGUUCCAGAGCAUCAGGGAGAAGAUCAUGAAGACAGUCGAUGCAGUCUACCUGGACACUGAAUCUACUGAGGAGUGUCGGCAGAGAUGUUUGGACGCGGACUUCGGCUGCUACUCCUACGACUACAAGUCUGCAGGCGAGCCCAUCUGUCGUCUCUCUCACCACUCGGCCGCCACUCUGGCACACAUCCAGGAGCCCUACUUGCCCAUCGGCAACGCCACCACGUACGAGCUUCAGGCCUGCUACCAGGUUACGAUUGAAUGCAAGGCCAGUGAGAUGGUGGCCAAGAUCUCCACGUCGACAGUUUUCAACGGCAAAGUGUACUCCCGCAGCCGUCCCAACAGCUGCGUCGAGGACAUCAAGAACAGCACCCAAUUUACCAUCUCGUUGCCCUACAACUCUGUGGACUGUGAUGUCGAGCAGAAGGGGAACACAAUGUUCACUUCCAACAUCGUCAUCCAGCAUCACGACAAGAUCGUGACUCGCGCCGACGUUGGACUCGCACUUCAAUGCAAGUAUGACCUGAAAAACAUGACCGUAACGCAUUCACUCCAGUCUGGCUUGGAGGUGAGGAAUGAUCCAGCGACUGAGUACAUCCAAGAGGUUGUCGUUGCUUCACCCAACGUGACCAUGAGAGUUACAACUCCACAGGGACAAGACGUUGGAUCUGCGCAGGUCGGCGAUAAUUUAGCUUUGCGUUUUGAAAUCCUCGACAAGAGCAGCCCGUAUGAGAUCUUCGUACGGGAACUCGUUGCCCUCGACGGUCGGGACAGCUCUGAGAUCGUGCUUAUUGAUGAACAUGGCUGCCCCACGGACCCCUCCAUCAUGCAAGCCAUCAUGCAGGUGGACUCAGGCAAGAUUCUGCACGCCCCCUUCCAAGCGUUCAAGUUCCCAGCAACUGACGUGGUCCAAUUCCGUGCCCUGGUGACGCCGUGCCACCCCACGUGUGAGCCCCAGCAGUGCUACGCUGACCGCUUCGACGGCGCUCUCAUGACCGCUAAGAGCUUCGGCAGGAGGAAGAGGCGUGAGGUAAAAGAAAACGACAUCAUGGUGGCACAGAGCAUCCAAAUCACCGACAAAUUCCUCUUUAACGAUAAAGAUGAGAACGAAGUAGAGAAACUGCUCGCCAGCGCUGAGUGUUCGACUUCCUACACCGGCAUCAUCAUCGCCUGCGCUCUCUUCUUACUUGCGCAGCUGGUGAUCCUGAUGGUCUGGAGCUAUCAGUGGCACAAGAAACGAGCCACGAAGGAGAUCGCACCGCACUACCCUCCGGUGAUGCACAGCUACCCUCGGGGCCGACACAGCGGAAACUCGUCUGUAACCUCCAGUACUGCUUACCUUAACCACUGAUUUCCCUUCAACACCAGUUAAUCAAUGGUAACAAUAUACCGGCAAUACCAAUUUCAUGCCCGGAAAUUAUGGUUCUAAAACUGGCCAGCUUAUUAUCAAUUAUUCGAUUGAUGGUUCUCCUGAUUUUAUUUGGUGCCGUUCAAAGUCCGGGUCAGUUCUUGACAAGCGUGUCUUGAUGCAAGCAUGAAAUGUAGUUUAAGUCUGAGAACCAUCAGUAAGAAGAUAAAAAUUAUGAUUUGAGCUUCAAUGAUAAGAAUUCAAACAAAGUGAACAAGAACUUAGCAAUUUCUGCAAUCGCUGAAAAUUCCGGUAUGAUUCUUUCAAAUCUGAAAACUUUCACUAUGGAAUGUUAGUUUAUGUAGGAGGUAUAUGUAAGUUGCUGAACGAUUGAAGCGUAUCCAGCGCCCUGAGGAGCUAUUCGGUGAUUUUUAUUGAUAAAUUAUAUAGGCUGAUUCUACAAUGAAAAAGAUCUAAAAUAAGCAGCUCUCUCUUUCUUCUGAUAUGCGUGACCUAAUGAUUGUAAUAGGAAAUCGCUAAUGGCAUAUGGAACUCUGCUUAAUCACUGAACAAAAAUAGUUGCUAUGAUGAUGAAAAAUUUUUGGCAUUCAAUAUCCCAUGACAUUCAAUAAAUUUGUCCAAUUUGUUUUUAUGCAAUUUGUCUCGAGAGGAGUUCUCAAUUUGAACGAUUUCAUGUACUUACGUAAACGGUAUCGCAUUCGAUUACCGACCAAUUAAACAGUAUGGCAUAACGGGCAUUUUCUUUACAACGAAACAAUAUAUGUUAACGAACUUUUUGUAUCUAUUUUAAUUAUUUAUUGCUUCCCAUAUGCUUCUUAUGAUUGAUAUUUACGUAGAUAGCAUAUUUAUUUGCCGGUAACAAAAUGUAAUGCUUUGAAUUCGAGUGUCAACGAACGCUGCAGCGUUGGCAUUACCGUCGAUGUUGGAUGGCAUUCGUUCAUUGGAUGAUCGACGUGGAGCAUGAACAGCUAUACUCAUAAGGAGGCAUUAACAUUACUUUUAUCUCUAUUAUUUAGUGCAAUAACUGAGGAAUUUUUCGUUUGUUCGGUAAAAUGUGGAUUGUGAAAUUUUGGAAAUUAUUAUACGAAUGUUACCUAGAACUUUUUUCAAUUCGUCAUUGGCUUGCUUCAUUUAGGAUCGAUUGAAUAAAUAUCAGAUUUUGCGUCAAUUUUCAUCAUUCUUUUUCUGUUAACUUUAAUGUUAAGUUGUCUUAUAGUUUUCUUGAAUCGUUGUUACAAUGCAGCUGUGUCAGGCUACACAAAUUCUUAUUUUCCAAUUUUUUCAUAAUUUUGUGAAGUAGAAAAUUCGUUUCUACACGUGAAUUCUGAGCCAAAUUUAAAACUUUUGUUAAUGGUAAUGAAGUACUAGGAGAAUAUUUAUUCAACUUAGAUUAAAGGUCCACUGUUGAAGCCUUUGCACAUCGAAAAUUGUUCUGAACGAACAACUAAUGACCAAGUAAGAAUGAUUUCUACGCUGCGUGGAGGUACCAAAAUUUUGACUAUUUUCAUCUCUUAAAAGCUUACCACAAAUAUUUUGAGGUUAUAUCAACAUCGAUGCUGAUACUGAAUUUCGAUGUUCUUGCCUCAAGAUACGUGCCAUUUCUGCUGCGUGGUCCCUUUAAGAUGAAAUAUUUGUACCAAGAUAAAGGCGACGACAUUAAGAAUUUUUGUAAGAAUUUCUCGGAAUAAUAACUCCCCCAAAAUGUCUUGUAAAACCAAGUUAUAAUUUUUUAAUUACUAUUGUCCUUCCUUAUGUUCGUAAAUUAAGCUCGCUUUAUGAUGUAUUGAGCGACAAAGUUAAAUUCAAAUUAAACCUAUACCAUCCAGUUUGAAAAGUAAAGAUUUAUUGAUGUUGAUUACAAAUUUUGCUUUGAGAGCCGAAGUUUUUUCUUGGUACAAGAAUCGUAUCGAGGGCUGCCGCUCGCGGCAUUUCGCCUCUGUACUUUAAUACGCUAAUUUGAAUUGAAUUUAUGAUAAUAUCUUCCUUAAACUUUGGCAGACCUUAAACCUGGUCUAACAUUCACGAACGCGUCCUGAUAUUUAUUUUGGUAUUCGAUUUGCAUCGCGUAACCAUGCGUACACCAUCAAUGAAAAGCAUAUGCUUCUCUACAGCAUUAUUUGUCUCUGAUUUAGCAGUAAGUUUACUUGAAAUGUUAUUGUUUCUGUGUAGUAUUUAGUGUUAGAAGAUGUCAAAAUUCAUGUUAUUAACUUAUUCUCCUGCAUUAUUUCUUGUUAUGGAAUAGUUAAUAAAAAUCUUUAAAAAUGAA